CGCAGAAAGUUAUACACCUGCCGUGCGCUCUCUCUCUCUCUCUCGCUGACACCUGCUCUCCCCCGGCCUCUCGAGUGCUUGCUCUCCCGUUGCAAGAUCGCCCAGAGAGACAGAGCUUAUUUAAACGCAUUUCGUGCAACACACGAGGCUCAUUGGCCAAUGGAACACCGUUAAAACAUCAGUUACUCAGCGCGUUUACCGUUACCAACUAGCAAAUUCAACAAACUAACAGAACUCUACAAAUCGAGUGUGCUGCUCUACGCAGAGCGUUUGUCGGGAAUAUAAUGAGCGCUUUUGUUUAUUUCAAAAUAAAAACAAUUUUUGCCUUUCCCACCACGAAAAGAACGCAUUUGUGAUUAAGCGCAGUAAAGUGGAAGGGGGAAUAUAAAUUAUAAAUAGUCAAAACCCAUAAAAAAUAAAGUUCGCUGGUGUUUCAAGUUUACAAAAUAAGAACAACAACAACCGAAACCUGCCUCACAGUACACGAACACCCUACACACACACACAUCGCCAGCGAUAACGUCACCCGCUUUCGUCGACAGUAUUAAAGUUAAUCUGAAAAGUGCUCGAAUCUUUUGUUUUCAAUUAUAAUAAUUAUAAAUCCAACAACUGCGAAAAUUAUAAUAACAAAAACAAUAACAACUGUAGCCAAGGUUGCCGCGCUUUUAUAUCGUUUUUGUUGUGCGGGAGGAGCUGUCACCUCUCAACAUCGCUGCUCAGCCGCUGUUGCUGCCAACGUCGACGCCGCUGUUGCCGUUACAUUUCAGUUGCCAUCGAAAUCGGCGCAAAAUUGUCGCAUAAAAACCAAACAGAGAGCAACAAAGAGCCGCAGCAGAAGCACAGAUUUACAUAGCCAAAGUUAUACAACGCAGCGCGUGCUCCGUUCCGUCAGCGGAUAGAAAAUCGGAACCGGAAUCCCAUCUGCAUCCUUUAAUUGUUGUUAACAUCCUUGGGAGAGCUUAUCCUUUCGUUCGUGCAAAAUGAAGCGACUGAUGACCUGGGAGCGCGAUCUCGUGGAUGCCAUGUACGAGUACCGGCAGACACGGUUCAGUUCGCGGCGUGUCCGAAAACGUGUGGUCUUCAAGCAUGGCGAGUGCAACGUUGUGCAGGGCAAUGUGGCCAAGAGGCGUCGUCGCUAUCUGCAGGACAUCUUUACGACCCUGGUGGAUGCUCAGUGGCGCUGGACGCUGCUCGUUUUUGCCGCCAGCUUUGUCAUCUCUUGGGCCUUCUUUGCUUUUAUUUGGUGGAUCAUUGCCUACGCACACAAUGAUCUGGAGUAUAUCCUUUUGGAGGAUAAAUCACCCGAAUUGGUGGCCAAUAUGACGCAUACGGUGUGUGUGACACAAGUGAAGAGCAUGAUGACCGCCUUCUUGUAUUCCAUUGAGACGCAAACAACGAUAGGUUACGGCAACCGUUACGUUACGGAGGAGUGUCCAGAGGCCAUCUUCACCAUGUGCAUCCAGUGCAUCACAGGUGUCUUCAUCCAGGCCUUCAUGGUGGGCAUUGUGUUUGCCAAGCUGUCGCGUCCCAAGAAGCGCGCCCAGACGCUGCUCUUCUCAAGGAAUGCGGUGAUCUGCCACAGGGAUGGAGUUCCAUGUCUGAUGUUCCGCGUGGGAGAUAUGCGCAAGUCCCACAUCAUCGAGGCUCAUGUCCGGGCCCAGAUCAUUCGCAAGAAGGUGACGAAGGAGGGCGAGGUGCUGCCCUUCUAUCAGCAGGAGCUGCAUGUGGGCGCCGAUGGAGGAGAGGAUCGUUUGAUGUUCAUCUGGCCGACGACGAUAGUGCACAAAAUUGAUCGUAAUAGUCCGCUGUACAUGCUCUCCGCCUCGGAUAUGCUGAAGGAGCGCUUCGAAGUGGUGGUUAUGUUGGAGGGUGUCAUCGAGUCCACCGGCAUGACCACGCAGGCCAGGAGCAGCUAUCUGCCCUCGGAGGUGCUGUGGGGCCACCGCUUCGUGAAUGUGGUUUCCUUCCGCAAGGAGACCGGCGAAUACGAGGUGGACUACACGCUCUUCAACAACACCUACGAUGUGGACACGCCGCUGUGCAGUGCCAAGCAACUGGACGAGCUCAAGUCGGAGUACACGAAGAGCGCCAAGAGCUGUACCGGCCUGGGAGUCAAUGCUCCCUUCGCGGAUCGCACACUCUCGGCGAGCUUAUUCCAGCGGAUCGCUUCAGCAGCCUCGGUGGAUCACCUGGAUCCGGCCAGUGAUGAGUCGCUGGAUUCGGGUCGCCUGCAGAUACGCUCCCAUUCCAUUCCCAACGGCGUGCUGGCCAGCGAGCUGGAGCCGCUGAAUAACAACAAGCACGGCGCCUCGUUCACCAUGGGCGGACUGACCAUUACGACGACAGCGCCCAGUAUACCCAACCUGUCCAGUAUUAACGAGAAGACCAACUCCGGUAAUUCCAUAAACAGCAGCAACUACAGCAACAACAACAGCCUUAGCACGCUGACCGGAGGAGGCGGAGGAAGUUCUGCCAGCGGACCCGGAGGCGGUAUCACCAUUGUCUCUGGCGCUGGCAAUGGAGGCGGAGGUGGCCGCCAGAAGCAGUCGAAUCCUCGUCGGCUGAGCAUCAAGCAGGAUCAGCUGCCCAUCGAUUCCAUUUGUUGAUAUUGUUAAUUGAGAGGCGCAAGGAUGCCGGUGCUCUGUCCGCUGCCCUGGCCGUCAUCAGUUAACUGAUGUUGUAUUCUAGUUAAGCAUAGGCGCUCCCACUACAAUUCUAACUCAAACUAAGCUAAGCGAGAUUCCAUGGAGCUCAUCUGUCAUAGCCAUAGAGCUGCUGCAGCUGUGAAACACGUGAAAAGUCCCUUCCUCCUUCCCACAACCCCGAUGCUGAAGUGGAGGCAAUCUGAUUGUUACCCACCCCUAAACUAUCCCUUAGUAAAACUAUUAUAUGUCUAGGCUAAGCCGAUGAAUUAAGAAUGAAUGAUUCACACAAGUUGUUAGCUUUACUCGUAUUGAAUUUACUAUAUAGCUAAGUUACAAAUUGAUAUUACCGCAAAGUAAGAUGUGAGAGACACAGAAACCAAAAUGCUGCAACUUCCUCGUAAGCUUAGACCUUCUAGAGAAAUGUUUGUAAAACGCUCACCGAAUCGAUAUGUGUGUGAAUAUGAAUAUAUAUUUGAAAUAUUAUGCGAGGACGCCACGGAAUUGUAAAUUCCCUUUUACCCGAUAAUAGUUGUUACUCCAACAAGCUAGAUAAUGGAAUUUUAUAUAUUCAAUAAAACUGUUUCAAAAACACACGAGCUUCAAUUCUAGUAAUGAGUGGACAAUAAAAUUGUAUGAGUAUGUGAAUGUUUGAUUGAUGUAUUUUACUUAUAAGCGACACCAAGAUUGUGAAAUUGAAAGACGGAGAAUAUACCUACAGAUGAAAACAGAAUUAAA